UCCAUCAAAGAUUCAGUGCGUCCGUACACAGUGUGUGGGAGGAUAGCAGCAGAGCUAAUCCACAGAAAACAAUACGGCUCCACCUCCAGUGCUGCCCAAAAAUGGCGGCCGGGAAAUAGAAGCCAACCGACUUACAGAGUUCAUCCCGCCACCAUGCCGUCCUCAUUCGCCCUUCCUUCUUUAUCCCCCUCCGCCGCCGCUGCCCACCAUCGCCGCCGCCAAGUCCCCCGGAAAUCCCGCCAAUGCCGCGUCGGCGCACUCUCCAUCAAGAAUUCCUCAAACGACAAACCGCCGGCGACCAGGCCGGCGUCGUGGGUCAGCCCGGAGUGGCUAACCGCGCUCACGAAAUCCCUCACUUUAUUAAGGCGGAAGGACGAGUCCAACAUACCCAUCGCCACCGCGAAGCUUGACGACGUGUCGGACCUUCUCGGCGGAGCUCUGUUUCUGCCGCUCUACAAAUGGAUGAUCGAAGACGGCCCCGUCUACCGUCUCGCGGCGGGGCCCCGCAAUUUCGUGGUGGUCAGCGAUCCCGCCAUAGCCAAGCACGUUUUGAAGAACUACGGCACAAAAUACGCCAAAGGGCUUGUUGCAGAGGUUUCCGAAUUCCUCUUCGGCUCUGGUUUCGCCAUUGCUGAAGGUUCUCUUUGGACGGUAAGGCGUAGAGCUGUGGUUCCAUCCCUUCAUAAAAAGUACCUUUCGAUAAUAGUCGAACGAGUCUUCUGCAAAUGCGCUGAGCAGCUGGUGGAGAAGCUGAAGCCAGAGGCAAUCAAUGGCGCUGCUGUGAACAUGGAGGAUAAGUUUUCACAGCUGACACUUGAUGUCAUCGGCCUCGCAUUAUUCAACUAUAAUUUCGAUUCUCUUACGGCGAAUAGUCCCGUUAUCGAUGCAGUUUAUACUGCAUUGAAAGAGGCAGAGUUGCGUUCCACUGAUCUAUUGCCAUAUUGGAAGAUUGACGCCUUGUGUAAAGUGAUACCGCGGCAAAUUAAGGCCGAAAAGGCUGUGUCUUUAAUAAGGGAAACCGUUGAAGAGCUCAUAUCAGAGUGCAAGAAGAUUGUAGAAUCUGAGGGGGAGAAGAUUAAUGAGGAGGAAUAUGUGAACGACGCCGACCCUAGCAUUCUUCGCUUCUUGCUUGCUAGCAGAGACGAGGUAUCUAGCGCACAGCUUAGAGACGAUCUUUUGUCAAUGCUGGUUGCCGGUCAUGAAACCACCGGCUCGGUGUUAACUUGGACAGCUUAUCUGCUUAGUAAGGACCCGUCCUCUUUGAGGCAAGCGCAAGAAGAGGUCGAUAGAGUCUUGCAGGGUAGGCUUCCUACAUAUGAAGACAUAAAGAAUCUCAAAUUCUUGACGCGUUGCAUAAUUGAGUCGAUGCGCCUGUAUCCUCAUCCACCUGUCCUGUUGAGAAGAGCUAUUGUUGAUGAUGUACUUCCCGGGAACUACAAGGUCAAUGCCGGACAAGAUAUUAUGAUAUCGGUGUACAACAUUCACCACUCUCCACAGGUAUGGGAAAAAGCGGAUGACUUCUUGCCGCAGAGAUUCGACUUGGAUGGCCCUGUUCCUAACGAAUCAAAUACUGAUUUCAAAUUCAUUCCAUUCAGUGGAGGGCCGCGCAAAUGUGUUGGCGAUCAAUUCGCUCUGCUUGAAGCUAUCGUGGCUCUUGCCGUACUUCUUCAGCAACUGAGCUUCGAGUUAGUUCCAGACCAGACUAUCAGCAUGACCACCGGAGCUACCAUUCACACAACAAAUGGCUUAUACAUGAAACUGACCCAAAGGGAGACUGCAUCUGUCCUUGCGUGACGAGGAAACACUUCGCCAAUUUUCUGGUAACUGCAUAUCACAAUAGAGCACUUAUAAGCAUUUGUCUAGCUCCAGUUCAUGAUUUAAAGAUCGAUUCUUUAUUUGUGUGGAUCACCAAACUGACAUCCAGGAAUUGUAUUCCAUGCCUUGCUGUAAUUAUAUCAUACCAAGAAAAGAGCUAUUGUUCAUCAGUUGUCAGCAGAAUUGUUAAUAUGAUAAAUGAUUAUUUUA